AUGCGGUGGUGCCUUGCGUUGCUUCUCUGCGGCUUCUUGGCCGUGGUCAACGCUUUGAGUAGCUCCGGCAGCCGCCUGUUGGUUGUCUUGGACGAAUCCACAGACCAGAGCGCCUACUCGACGUUAUGGUCUGAUUUGAAGGGUCGCGGAUACGAUGUUUCUUUCGAGUCACCCAAGAGCGACAAGCUGUCCCUCUUCAAGCAUGGCGCACGAGCUUACGACCACCUUCUUAUCCUUCCUCCCAAGUCCAAAGGUCUCGGCCCCAAUCUGACCCCAAAGAAUAUCCUGGAAUUCCUGAACAAAGAUGGCAACAUCCUCCUCGCACUCUCCGGCAAGGCGGCCACGUCCAGCGCCAUCAGCUCGCUUCUCCUUGAGGUUGACAUUCAGCUCUCGAGCGAUCGCUCCUCCAUUGUUGUCGAUCACUUCAACUAUGACACCGUCUCCGCGGCGGACAAGCAUGACGUCCUCCUUCUCCAGCGACAGGGUUCCUUGCGCCCAGAUGUCAAGGCCUUUUUUGACGGCGAGGGCGUCGUCGCUCUGCCCCGUGUCGCUCCUCAGACUCUGGGAAGCGACAGCAAUCUUGUGUCACCCAUUCUCCGUGCUCCGGCCACGGCUUACGCAUACAACCCGAAGGAGGAAAUGCCUGCGCCUGAGGACAUUGAGGUGACUGGUUCUCAGCUGAAUGUUGUCUCUGCCAUGCAAGCCCGCAACUCUGCCCGUUUCACCGUCCUUGGCUCCGUCGAGGCCCUGGAGGACCAGUGGUUCUCUGCAUCAGUUCAGGCCCCCGGUGGCAAGAAGACCACCACCGUGAACCGCGAAUUCGCCAAGCAAUUGACAGCUUGGGCCUUCAAGGAGACCGGUGUCCUCAGGGUUGAAAAGAUCGAGCACUAUCUUGCCACCGAUGGUGAGGUUGUCCCGGAAAACCUGAACCCAAAGAUCUACCGGAUCAAGAACGAGACCGUCUUCAACAUCGAGGUUUCUGAAUACAGCUACGAUAAGUGGGUACCGUUCGAGGUCCCUAACGGGGACGAGCUGCAGCUGGAAUUCACCAUGCUUUCGCCCUUCCACCGCCUCGCUUUGAAGCCUGUGCACCGCACUGAGACGAGCACCGUGUACAGCACCAAGUUUACUACUCCCGACCAGCAUGGUAUCUUCUCUUUCCGCGUCAACUACAAGCGGCCUUUCUUCACAAACAUUGAGGAGAAGCACGAAGUGACAGUGCGUCACUUCGCUCACGACGAGUACCCCCGCAGCUGGGCCAUCUCCGCUGGCUGGGUUUGGAUCGCUGGUCUGUGGUCGGUGAUCGGUGGAUUCCUGGCGUUCGUUCUUGUUUGGCUUUACUCGGUUCCUGCCGCCGAUAAGCUCAAGAAGACGCAGUAA